GUGUCUCACAUGCCAAGUGAAGACUCUAGGGAGAACAUGUCAAUUACCAAACCUAAGAAGAAAAAAGCUAAGAAGGAAAUCGAUGGAGUGAAAGAGUUGGAGGAGGAGACAGGGCCUGCUGUUGAAAAGGCAGAGUUAGCAAGCUGUAAUCCACCUGAAAGCAAGGAUGCUCUUUCCCCUGAGCCUCAUGACAUUCCACUACACAAGAAGAAGAAGAGAAAGAAGAUGGCAAAUACCUUUGAUAUGGAAAGUGAACAGCAAGACCUUGUGAAUGGAGACACACAAACGUCACCCGCAGACAGAGAGGAAGUUACGAGGAAAUCUCGACGAAAGAGGAAGUCUAAGAUAACAGAGAAUCAGCAUAAUACCAGUGUGGUAGAGGAUGACAAUGUCGUCACCGAUGCACAUACUUCUAUCUCUCAUCGUUCGCUGUUUUCUGCCCCUCUGGGUCAUAGCCAGUCUCUCAGCAAAGUGUUUGUGGAGAGAAACCGACGGUUUCAGGCAACAGAUCGUCUGGACCUGGGCCAUGAGCAGGUGGAAGAGUUCAUGGAGGUCAGAUCCACGUGGAACACACGAGAUGUUGCCUUAAGAGUUCACAGUGGUUACAGGAUCAUUGGACUCUUCUGUCAUGGGUUUCUGGCAGGUUAUGCUGUAUGGAACAUCAUUGUUAUUUAUGUUCUGGCUGGAGAGCAGCUGAAAACACUUUCAAACCUGUUACAGCAAUACCACAGCUUAGCAAACCCUGCUCAAUCUCUACUGUACUUUCUGCUGGCUAUUAGCUCCGUGUCUGCCUUCGACAGGGUGAAUCUAGCCAAGGCCUCUAUGGCUCUGAGAGGGUUCCUCAUGCUUGACCCAGCAGCCCUUGCAUCAUUCUUGUACUUUGCAGCCCUUAUUUUGUCUCUGAGUCAGCAGAUGACUUGCGACCGCAUCAACCUGUACCCCAUAGCCAAUGAGUCACUGUGGCCUCCAGGCUCUGAACACCAGAUUCUGCAGCCCUGGAUUGUGGUGAAUCUGGUUGUAGCCUUACUGGUUGGACUGGCCUGGUUUUUCAUCUCCACCAGACCUGAUAUGGACUACACAGAAGAGUCCUUACUAUCAAUGGAGAUAGAUGACUAUCUACAAUACAAGGACAAAUCAGAAAUCCCCUCCUGAAAAUCUCAGACACUUAUUGGGACAAUGGGAAUCUGUGUUUCUGAAGCAUAAAAUAUCGUAGCAUUGGCAACAAAGCAUUGUAAAAACAAAGCACUUGCUCUUUUAUUAGAAAACAGACACUAGGCACAGGCAUAAACUGGCAAAACCCACCAUCCCUGCAAACCCUGACCAGAAUAAAGCAGUUCUGUUAAUGAACAACUUAAUAUAUCUCAUCUCAUCUCAUUAUCUCUACCCGCUUUAU